AUGCCAAAAUCAGAAAAUACCUUUCACCUGUUUCCCAGGCUGCCGACCGAACUCCGGCUUGCCAUCUGGCGCCUCUGUCUCCCGCACAGACGCGUCAUGGAACUCGACGUCCAGAGCGACGACCUGAUCUGGGAAGAGUGCCCCUGCAGCAAGAACUGGCAAAUAUCAUGGACAAACCGCGCCCCUCCUCUUAUCACGCUCGUGUGUCACGAGUCGCGAGCAGUUGCAUUCGAGACUGGCCGUCCGCAGCAGCUGCCGGACCCCACGAACCCGGAUACAGAGGCCUUCAGCAAUUACCAGAUUGAUGGCCCCUGGCUAGACACAGUACGAGACUCCGUCCACCUUAACUGGGAGCCCUGGGUGGACAUCGAGUGGCAAAGUUAUGAUUUGGGGGAUCCUGUGCGCUGUGUUAUGGCGACUGCGGCGCGGAGCCGCGCUGGCAAGGCGUCUAUCAUGUUAGGUCUGCUGCAGGUCUUUCAGCACCGUGCGCGUCCGGAGGAACCUGAUCCGCAGUUUAGGUGGACGAGGUCUGGCCUUGCUGAUUUAAUGCGCGCCCGGGCGAGCUGGGACGUGGUGAUCUUGGAACCUGUUAUUAUACAUGCUGAUGCGGGGGCUGCAGCGGGUCCGUUUGGGCUUCUGGCAGACGCGCGAGUGCAGCUGGUUGAUGCGGAUGAUGGUGAACGGAUUAAUACAUUCAUGGCGCUGGAGAAGAUGCCAGGUGUCACUAUAGGUUCUGGCUUUGGGCAGGAGGAGCUGGCUACUGGCAAACAGGAGUUAGGGGAUGCUGUCAAGGCAGUCUUUGGGUCAGAGGAUAAGACUCCAGAACUGCGUCCGGUUGUCAUGUUUCGGCUUUGUACGAGGGCGUGUAUGUAG